AUCGGUUGUUUCAGUGAAUAACCUAUAGAGGAGUUUACUCUUUGAUUAUUUUGAAUUUCUAGUCGGCAACAGCGAAGCUUCAUCUUCUGUGGCAGAAGCCUUCAUACCUGGUAUCUGCCGUGUUCCUGAAGAGACGCCGAUCAUGACAUCAAUUCACUCACAAGCCACAGCAACGAAAUCAGAGGCUUUUUCAAAGACAUCUCGUGUCAGCAAAGAUAACCAUUAUCCUGAAAACAAAUAAUAAUUAUAUCUUGUUUGCUGCCUGUAUGUAAAGCAAAGUCACCCACAGGAGACGGAACAUAGCCGCGCCGCAAGAUCUACAGCCUAGCUCAUGUACCCCAGAUUAAUUAAAACAACGUUAGUUUCGAUUUCCGGCGGGCGCUGGAGCCUUUCCCAUGUCCAAAUCCGUUGACACACGGAAAAUAGAGUCAAGAUAGCGAUGCGAAACACUUCUUGUAGCAAGCAGACCAGAAGACCACCCCCCACGCUGGUCAGUGGCGUAGUGACGACUGUAUUUUAAUAAUUUGUGAGACUUAAAGAGCGAGGGAAAUAUUUUUUUCUCUUUGCUUUUUUAUUUUCUUUUGGAGAGUAAAAGUCAAAUCUGUUGUUACUGCGACGACAUAGUUUACGAGUAGUCAACACGUGUAUCUAAACUUCACACAAUACAACCAACAUCACAACAUGCCUGAUCAGGACGUAUACCGCAAAGUCGGCCGAGGCGGCGCCGGGAAUUUUGUAUCAAGCAAACCUGAAGAUGCCGCCAACGCCGAUCUUGAAGCACAGAACCUAGCAACAGAAGAAGUCCAGCCGUCCGCCAACGGCCCAUCACGGGCUGGCCGUGGUGGCUUCGGCAAUUACGUCAAUCCAGAGGAACUACCAGACGCCAAAGAGCAAGACGAGAUGGCUCAGAAGACAGCGGCUGCUGUGAAUGCAAGUCUCAAGAAGAAUCACGUUGCGAGGGGAGGACUUGGUGGGAGAGGUGGAGCUGGAAACUGGAAGCAUGCUAUUUCGUUUGAAGAGGAGGAAAGGAUGAGAGAAGAAGAAAGAUUGAGAGGUGAGCAAUUGGCCAAGAAGGUGAAGGAGGAGGUUGAUCAGGGUCUAAGAAUGCCUGAAAAGGCACAUCACGGACAUCAUGUUAAGCAUAACGAACAAUGAGGCUUGCUAAUGGCAGCGGGACGGCCGGGACUCGGGUUAGAAUGCUUAGAGCCACAAGGGUUCAUUUUACUAGUUAAAUUCUUGAUUCAUAUCUUGUGUCUUUCAUAUCGUUCUAGUCAUGUCCACAACUCUCCGCUAGAUAGAACUAAUGCUUCAUCUCGUCUCACUGAACCUUCCCG